CCACACACACUACAGCUGUCCACAGGGAGCACAGAGCACAGAGCUGCAGCCACACAAGGGUUGGGAGGUAUACACAGUCAACAGAACACAAUGAUGAGGGUCAGCCUGCAAACUCUGAUAACAUGUCUACUCUUGACAGACGUCAGCUCCCAGCCUUCAACUGUGAAACCAACUACUCAACCUGCCAUGACAACUAGUCCUGUCACCAAUAUAAACAUCACCGGUACAACUCCCUCCACCAACAAUACAGCUUCCAUAACAACUGCUUCAGUCACUGAUAUAAAUUCCACCAGUACAACUCUGCCCACCAACAAUACAAGUACAGUGACAACUGCUUAUGUUAGCAAUGUAAAUUUCACCAGUACAACUCUGCCCACCAACGAUACAAGUACAGUGACAACUGCUAAUGUUACCAAUGUAAAUUUCACCAGUACAACUCUGUCCACCAACAAUACAAGUACAGUGACAGCUUAUGUCACCGAUAUAAAUUCCACCAGUGCAGCUCCGUCCAUCAACAAUACAGCUGCCACCCCAACUUCAGCCACCACUGAGAAAAAGAACACUCCAGACUCGGCAACUUCAUCUCAAACACAAACCUUGUCCAUGUCUGCUUCAUCUUCCUCAUUCACAUCAUCCCGAUCUAUAACAAUGAAGACCCAGGCCUCUAGCACCAGCAUUACCAGCCCCGGCACCAAAACCACCACACUACAGGAAGGACACGAGUCCAAGGCUCUGAGCUCAGGAAGUAUUGCAGUCAUUCUCUGUGCGUUCAUCGCAAUCGUCCUCCUAGUGUUUGUCGGGCUGUACUACUACAGGAUCCAACACAGAUCCUACGGCCCUCUUCUGGACAACAAUGAACGCACCAAUUUUGGAAACUUCAGCAACCCAAUGUAUGACCCUUGAAUCUUAACUUUAGACCUCUGGCUAGGGAAAUGACCCCCCAAAACCAAAGUUGUAACUAAUUCUAGUUUUCAUACUCAUCACUGUAGCUUGUAUGAGAGUGUUGGUUGGCCUUCCUUGCACAAUCGCAGGUUGUAGCAUUAUUAUAUUUUUCUUUUUAAGGCCAUACUGUGUAAACUGCCUCCUUACUUAUGUUCUCUCCUGACCAGGAAAAUGUAAUCCACCAGGAAAUGUAAUCUUUGAACAUAUGGGCAAAUCAUGUAUGACAUUCCCCAAACUCGAACUGUCUUCGGUGAAAGUGCCUUUAAAGUUUUUGCACCCUCAUCCUGGUAUAAAUUGCAGAAUCAUCUUAAAUUAGACUACCUACCAACAAUGACACCGUUUAAAAUUAGAAUAAAGGACUAUUUGAGUACUAAAUGCACAUGUGCUGUUACUGAGCGCUGCUGGUGAUUAUGUUGAGAUGAUGUUAAAUUGCCAACUGUCUUUUUCUGUUUUAUGUUGUCUGUUUUUCACUGUAUAUUUUAAUAUGGAACUAUUAUACUACUGUCUUGGCCAGGACUCCCUUGAAAAAGAGAUUCUGAAUCUCAAUUGGAUUAUUUCCUGGUAAAAUAAAGGUUAAUAAAAAAUAAAUAAUAAAAUAAUGACUUCAGGGCGGUCACAUUUUAGCCUGAUCGCUUGAUUGCAAAAUGCAAAACAAAUGUGACGUUUCUAUUGAACUUUGUUCAAGUAGCCUCAUUUUUUAAUAGUUAACAUGGAAGGCCACAAAGUUGCAGUUUUUACUCAGGUAGCUUUUUAAACAGCUCUGGCUGCAUAGAUACUGCAUGUAAUUAUAGUACCAAAAGUGAAAGGUUAAAUCACAGUGAAAACAAGCGUAUUCAUCAGGGUUAUCAUGUAUCUCACAGGACAUUUGUAAAAAAAAAAAAAAAAAAAAGGAAAAGUUGUGGAUAAAAAAAAUGUACAAAAAAACUUUACUUCAUGAAAUUGUAAAAUGGAUGGUGUAUUGAAAGGCAGUAUUUAGGAGUGGUAAUAGAUGAGGAAGAUCUGACAGAGAAAAAAAAGUAAAAGAGAAAGGCUUGGAUUUAGACAAGAACAUACAGUUCAAACAAUCCGCAGAGGACAUGACACAAAUGUUUCUUGUUUAAUGAUUAUGUUUCUUUUUCACAGCAGACGUCUAUACUGAGAUACUUUUUUCCAAGGUAGUAAUCGUAAUAUAUUUUGGAGGGGACACAUCCCCUCCCCCAAUAUUGAUAUUAUUAUAUUAUAUAAAUAUUGUAAUAUUAUAAUAAUAUUAUAUAUGCUCAAGAUUCCCCCCCCAAUAUAUUGAUAUGCUAAUAUAUAUUGCUAUUCUACGACAGACAACGAUGCAGAUUUGCCCCAAUGUUCACUUUGUGCUUACAGCCUUGCUUUCUUCUGAUUUAAAUUGUGAAAUGAUAAGAUUUCAGUCCCAACAGAAGAUAAAUGUUAAAUAUCAACCUGAAUGUAGCCAGCUACACCAAUUUCAAAGCUUAGACAGCAAUCAUCUACAAAUUCCCUGCUUUUGAAUGCACUUUACGAUUGUGUAGAUUAGGGGGAGGUGAAGCAUUUUUUAUUGAGAGCCAUUAAAUAGAAAUGGAAAAAGGAGAUUCUGAGAAAGUGCCAAAAACAAAGAAAAACACAAGACCGUGUGUGAUGCAGAAUCCUGAAAAGAAUAUGGACCAUUUUGAGCAGAAAGGUAAAAGCUAAUGCUGGCUUUCAUGUCCUUGCAAGCAUUUCAGAAUUUCUCCUAUAAUCUGGAGAGUAGAAAUGUUUUAUGCAACACAAAGGGGGCAUCGUUAGCAUCAGCAGCUAUGACAACCCAGACAGGAGACUAAUUUGAGGAAAUUUGUGAUUUUGCUUUGCUGAGCAGCUCCGCCAGACUGCAUUUUUUUAGAUUAUUUUUUGGGCAUUUUUAGGCCUUUAUUUGACAGGACAGCUGAAGACAUGAAAGUGAAGAGAGAGGGGGAAUGACAUGCAGCAAAGGACCGCAGGUCGGAGUCGAACCCAGGCCCGCUGCGUCAAAGUGUAAGCCUCUAUAUAUGGGCGGCCGCUCUACCAACUGAGCUAUCCGGGCGCCCCAGACUGCAUUUCUGAUUGUAAUUUUCACUCCUUCAGUAUUUCAUUUGUGGAUGUUUGUUUGCAUUUAGGUGAAGAAUACUGUGACAUUUCAUCGUGCGAUAUGAUUGUAUUAAAUUGUUUGUGCAAUAAAAGUGAUGAAGAAAUAA